AUGUCAGGUGCAGGCUCUCCAAAUAACAACAACAAUGGCCCUGGUGGUCUUCUGAGAUCAGCUUCAAUUUCAAAUUUAUUCGGAUUAAGAAAUAAAAGAUCAUUUGAAUCAGAUGAUAAUAAUGAAGAAAGUACAAAUGAAAGUUCUGAUAUUGAUGAAGAAGUUGCUCAUAAAAGACGUAAAACUGAAAUUGAUGCACAAAAAAAAUUUAAUGAACAAGAAAAACAAUAUAAUGAUGAAUUACCUGAAGAAUAUCGUAAAUUUAGACCAACAGGUUAUAAAUUUAAUUUACCUCCAACUGAUCGUCCUGUUAGAGUUUUUGCUGAUGGUAUUUUUGAUCUUUUCCAUUUAGGUCAUAUGAGACAAUUAGAACAAUCCAAAAAAGCUUUACCAAAUGCUCAAUUAAUUGUUGGUAUUCCAUCUGAUGUUGUUACUCAUAAAAAAAAAGGUUUAACUGUUUUAUCUGAUUAUCAACGUGUUGAAACUAUAAAACAUUGUAAAUGGGUUGAUGAAGUUAUUCCAGAUUCUCCAUGGUCUGUUACUCCAGAAUUUUUGGAAAAACAUAAAAUUGAUUAUGUUGCUCAUGAUGAUGCUCCUUAUGCUUCAACUGAUUCUGAUGAUGUUUAUAAACCAAUUAAAGAAAGAGGUCAAUUCUUAGCUACACAAAGAACUGAAGGUAUUUCAACUUCUGAUAUUAUUACUAAAAUCAUUAGAGAUUAUGAUAAGUAUUUAAUGAGAAAUUUUGCAAGAGGUGCAACAAGACAAGAAUUAAAUGUUUCAUGGUUGAAAAAAAAUGAAUUAGAAUUUAAAAAACAUAUUAAUGAAUUUAGAUCUUAUUGGAAAAAAACAAAUGAUUCAUUAAAUAUUGCAUCAAAAGAUCUUUAUUUUGAAGUUCGUGAAUAUUUAUUGAAAAAAUCUAUAUUAAAACAAAAUGAAAAUGAUAAUAAUAAUUCAAGAUCAAAUCAACAUGAAGGUAGUCCUGCAACUGAAUUUGCUUUAAAUUAUACAGGUGAUAAAAAUGAAAGAUCAAGAAUUAAAAGAUCUCCUUCAUUUAUUGAAAAUUUUAAAGAAUGGAUGGCUAAAAAUGAUAAUGAUAAUAGUUCAGAUAGAGAAACUAUAACUUCAAAUUCAAAAGAAAAUAUAAAUCCAAAUAAAUCAAUAGAUAAACCUUCAUCAUCAAAUAAUAAUCAAAAAAUUAGAACAAGUAAAAGAAGUAAUAAAGGUAAAAAUUCAAAAUAUGAUGAAGAAUCUGAUGAUGAUAAUAAAACUUUAACUUCUCAAGAUUCUUAA